GCCUUCGACAGUCAGCGCUCCUCAAAUGGGGUUAGAGCGCAAACGCGCCGCUGGUGUGUCUCGGAGUGAGGAAGCGGACGAGCGCGAGGAAAGUCAUCUGCUUGUGAGGUGUUUCCUGAACUGUGACACCUCUACCAUAGAUGUUGGGUCACGGCAAGGUUUAGGUAAAGCUAUGCAAACCAUCUUGGAGGCUGUCGCCAUCGUCUCGAUCAUCCUGGGGGAAAUUGGGGUUGUGUAGAUCACCUACUUCUAGUGUUCAUAGGGAGUUUUCAGUGCCCCUAGUCACCCCGGUGUCGUGUCGGUGGUGCUCUGGCAUGCAAUGGCACAGCCGGACAGCAAGGGUCCGCACAGAGGGCUGUGAUGCCCGCACCCCAUCGUCCUGGGAGCCGGCGUGCCACUGCCACCUUCUUCAUUGGCUCUGAGGAGGAUGAGCACACAGGCCCGGGGGACAGCGGAAUGAGGACUGACGCGGAGCUGCCAGAGGACAACGAUGAGGGAGACUCUCCUCCCGAGAGGCAAAUCGUGGUGGGGAUCUGCUCCAUGAUGAAGAAGUCCAGAUCCAAGCCCAUGACCCAGAUCCUGGAGCGACUCUGCAAGUUCGAGUACAUCACGGUGGUCAUCUUCCCCGAGGAGGUGAUCCUGAAUGAGUCGGUGGAGCAGUGGCCGUUCUGCGACUGUCUCAUCUCCUUCCACUCCAAAGGGUUUCCUCUAGACAAGGCAGUGAGUUACGCCAAGCUGAGAAACCCACUUCUUAUCAAUGACUUGAACAUGCAAUAUUUCAUACAAGACAGGAGGGAGGUGUAUCGGAUCUUGAGGGAGGAGGGCAUCGACUUGCCUCGUUACGCUGUGCUGAACCGGGACCCCGACAGACCGGAGGAGUGCAGCCUGGUGGAGGGUGAGGACCACGUGGAGGUCAACGGAGAGGUCUUCCAGAAACCCUUUGUGGAAAAGCCAGUCUGUGCCGAAGACCACAAUGUGUACAUCUACUACCCUACCUCUGCCGGCGGGGGUAGCCAGCGCCUCUUCCGGAAGAUUGGCAGCCGUAGCAGUGUCUACUCGCCAGAGAGCAGCGUCCGCAAGACGGGAUCGUACAUCUACGAAGAGUUCAUGCCCACCGAUGGCACAGAUGUCAAGGUGUACACAGUGAGCCCUGACUACGCCCACGCUGAGGCACGGAAGUCACCUGCCCUGGAUGGCAAGGUAGAGCGCGACAGCGAAGGCAAAGAGGUCCGUUACCCCGUGAUGCUGACCGCCAUGGAGAAGUUGGUGGCUCGCAAGGUCUGUCUGGCAUUCAAGCAAACCGUGUGUGGGUUCGACCUUCUUCGGGCAAACGGCCACUCCUUUGUCUGCGACGUCAAUGGCUUCAGCUUCGUGAAGAACUCCAUGAAGUACUAUGAUGACUGUGCCAAAAUCCUGGGGAACAUCGUGAUGCGUGAGCUGGCCCCGCAGUUUCACAUCCCUUGGUCCAUCCCGACUGAAGCUGAAGACAUUCCCAUCGUUCCCACCACCUCUGGAACCAUGAUGGAGUUGCGCUGUGUGAUCGCGGUAAUACGACACGGCGACCGGACGCCAAAGCAGAAGAUGAAGAUGGAAGUGAGGAACCCAAUGUUCUUUGAUUUGUUUGAGAAAUACGGAGGCUACAAGACGGGCAAGCUGAAACUGAAGAAGCCGAAACAGCUGCAGGAGCUGUUGGACAUCGCCCGGCAGCUGCUGGCAGAACUGGGCCAACACAACGACUGUGAGAUUGAGGAGAAGAAGUCCAAGCUGGAGCAGCUGAGGACGGUUCUGGAGAUGGAAUCCAGUGUGAAUGACUACCAGUGCGCACUUCUUACGCCUGUUGUUUUUGACAGGAGUAAAAGGUAUGGCCAUUUCUCAGGAAUCAACCGGAAAGUACAGCUCACCUACCUGCCACAUGGGCAACCCAAAACCUCCAGUGAGGAGGAAGACUGCCGAAAAGAGGAUCCCUCACUGCUGCUGGUGCUGAAGUGGGGCGGCGAGCUGACCCCAGCGGGCCGGGUGCAGGCUGAGGAGCUGGGCAGGGCUUUCCGCUGCAUGUACCCCGGAGGACAAGAUGGUAGUCGCAGGUCCCUGGGUUGUGAAUCCCCUAUUGGCUGUGGGGACUACGCUGGCUUUCCUGGCUGUGGACUCCUCCGCCUGCACAGCACCUACCGGCACGACCUCAAGAUCUACGCCUCCGAUGAGGGAAGAGUUCAGAUGACGGCGGCCGCCUUCGCCAAGGGCCUGCUGGCCCUGGAGGGGGAGCUCACGCCCAUCCUGGUGCAGAUGGUGAAGAGCGCUAACAUGAACGGGCUCCUGGACAGCGACAGCGACCCCCUGACCGGCUGCCAGCGGCGCGUCAAGGCCCGUCUGCACGAGAUCAUGCAGCAGGACAAGGACUUCAGCGAGGACGACUUCAACUGGCUCGCCCCGACUAGCAGCCCCUCCUUGGUUAACUCCAUGAAGGUGGUGGGGAACCCCGUGAAGACUUGCGACAAGGUCUACGCCCUUAUCCAGAGCCUGACCUCCCAGAUCCGCAGAAGACUGGAGGACCCCAAAUCCGCAGACCUGCAGCUGUACCACAGCGAGACCCUGGAGCUGAUGCUUCAGCGCUGGUCCAAGCUGGAGCGGGACUUCCGGACAAAAAGCGGCCGCUAUGAGAUCAGCAAGAUCCCGGACAUCUACGACUGCGUGAAGUACGAUGUGCAGCACAACAGCUCACUGGGCUUGGAGGACAUGCAGGAGCUGUUCUGUCUGUCCCGGGCCCUGGCUGACAUAAUCAUCCCUCAGGAAUACGGCAUUCACAAAGACGAGAAGCUGGACAUCGCCUAUGCCUACUGCCUCCCGCUGGUGAAGAAGAUCCAGCUGGACCUGCAGAGGACUCAUGAGGAUGAGUCGGUCAACAAGCUGCACCCGCUGUAUUCCCGUGGGGUGAUGUCGCCGGGACGGCACGUUCGCACGAGGCUGUACUUCACCAGCGAGAGUCACGUCCAUUCCCUCCUCAGCAUCUUCCGCUACGGAGGCCUGCUUGACGAGGAGAAGGACCAACAGUGGAAGAGGGCCAUGGAUUACCUGAGUGCAGUCUCAGAACUGAACUACAUGACCCAGAUCGUCAUUAUGCUAUAUGAGGACAACAACAAGGACCCCUUCUCUGAAGAGCGCUUUCAUGUGGAGCUACACUUCAGUCCCGGAGUGAAGGGCUGCGAGGAUGAAGAGAAUGUCCCAAUGGGCUCCGGUUUCCGCCCCGCCUCUGCCGAGAAGAAGACUGACCCUGGCAGCCUGGAGGACUUGUCGCGCGACGAGCCGGAUCGCGCCAUGCUGCUCUCCGAACCGGCCGCUGUCCGGAGACGCUCGCCGCUCAUUCGCAACCGCAAGGCCGGCUCUGUGGAGGUGCUUUCGGAUGCCUCCUCCAAGGCUAGCAGCUUCAGGUUCUUUCCAUCCUGCUCCCAGCACCCCCCGGAGAUAAAGCAGAGUGGAUUAGGCCCCCAAUGCACUGGAAUCUUUAGCACCACCGUCCUGGGGGGCUCCUCCAGCGCCCCUGACCUGCGAGACUACGCUUGCACACACUGCAAAAAACUCUUCUCUGGCAACCAGGGCCACGAGGACGGGUUCGAGGGCUGCUCCAUGGUUCCCUCCAUCUAUCCGCUGGAAACGCUGCACAACUCGCUGUCUCUCAAGCAGAUGGACGAGUUCCUGACUGCUGUCUGCGAGAGCGGUGGCGACUCUCACACCAAAGCCAGCAAAGCGCUGUCAACCACGUUGGAUUCUCAGAGCCAGCCAGCUGCGGACGCCUACAUCCCCUAGAAAGGACUGUCCUCCUUGGUCGCACUCUGCUGUGAAUCGGACUCCUGUACAGCAGGACCUAGCCAGGCUAAUCCUUAGUGGACAGAAGAUCACCUGGCCACAUCAGUAAAGGCCAAAGUACCUGUCCCGUGGAACUACCGUUUAAUUCUGUUGUUGUGUGGAAGUCUUUCCACAGCUAAGGCUUAAACAACAGCUGGUGCUCUCCAUCACCGUUUGUCCCCAGUUGUGCUUGCAAUCAGUAGGGGACCCUCCAGCUCUCACUCCAGCUUCCCAUAUCACCCCAGAGUGGCGAGGAGAAGCCCUGGUUAACCAAGUCAGUUAUAGCUCAGCCAAGUGCACUGUCGUCUCCAGCUGCAUUGCUCCUGCAGUCUACCAGUCAGUGGUAGUCUGUCACACCAGCCACUGUCAGGCUUGAAACACUCAAGAGGCUUCUGGCCCUCUUUCAGCUGUCCUGGACCCCGGUAAGUCAUUGGGUUUGUUCUCGGUGUCACUGUGGGGAAGCUGGAGAGAACAGGAACGCUUUACUGGACACCUGAUGCAGGAAUUAAAGACCAGAGCGAUCCACGUGUGAGGGGCUCAGCAGUGGAGAGCACAAGAGCAAGGUAAAAGACAGCGAGUGUUUCCAAACGCUGUCUAACAUCAUAGAGAAGGAGUGGAAGUAAUCCUCUCCUAGGAGUCCUGAGGGGCUCAGCCAAUUAACACACUUUUCUGUGGUUCAGUAAUUUAUGUGGUGGUUUAAUCCUGGGCUACACUGUCGGACAGGGGUUUGAGAAAAUCUUGCAGAUCCAAAACGUGUCAAAGCGCUGAUUAAUCCCUCACUGAAGCCAAUAGUGAUUUUGUUUGAUAAUGAAGCACCUGCAUCUCACCCAAGGACUGUGGAACUGAAAGAGGCGAAUAUCACCUUAAAGAUGUUCCACGCUGCGUAUCAGGUUCCCCUUGGUUCCUCUGGUAGUAUCUCCCAUAAGUGCCUCCCCUGAUACGCGGUGCCAGCCAAUUGCCGCACGCCGCUUGGCCACCUCGCUUUCACCCACACUGUGUACAGAGGGAGGUCCACUGUGGCGAUCCUUUGUCCCUGAGGCCUCUUGCUGAAGAGCAGGGAUUUCAAAUGAUCACAGACUGGAACAAAACUGGCAACUGUUGGUAGGAACAUCGGGGAGCGGGGGGGAUGACGGAACAGCCGAGCACUCAAGCCAACGCUCAGUUUUACUUGGAGAUGAUGAAGCAGAUGGUGACAGCAAGAACUGACCCUUUGUCAUGAGAAGGUCUCCUGGAUGCGAAAACAAUGACUGGAGAAGAUUGGAGGAAUUCACAUUAAACUGUGUAGGGCACCCUGCAGUCUUCCUGAUAUAUAUUUCUUAAACAUUUAAAAAAUACUGUUUUAAAUCUAAUGUUUAUUUCAUUAUCAACUAUCUUUUUUGCGGUGUAUCUUUAUAUUGGUUACUGCUGUUUUUCUGCUUGUGUGCCUAUGCAUGAGUGCCGUACAUUAGUAGCUAUAACUGGAGAAUAACGUUGUGACCUCAAUUUAUGUAGAAAAUGUUCAAUAAAUAAUCAAAAAGGGAUUAAGGCACCCAUUUCAGUUCAAGAAAACUGCUGUCUGUAGCCAACACUGUUAACUGCCAUAUAACAGGAGAAAGACAAUAAUUCAGUAAAUUAAAUCAACCAGCUAUGAAGGAUUCAGCACAAGUCUCAGGUCACCCGGCUGUCAGUGUUGAAUCUGAAGAAGAAUUUGCAGAGCCAAUUAUUUAAACUGAGUGCCUGACACUUAAUGUAAUGUACGCUGGUUGUUUUUUCUUCCUAUUUUACCUCUUUUGAGGUUUUAUUAAAUUGGUUCAUGUUCUACCAUGGAAAUUCUGUAUGCACCACGUUAACUAGUAAACACUGCAGCCUUACUAAUGAAUGUAUACAUGUUUUGACAUGUUAUUACUGUUUGCACAGAGGACUGAAUUUAUCGGCAUAUUGAAUAAAUUCUACCUGCUUUUUUCCUGCUUUUAAAUAAAGAUGUUAUUGAUAUAGUAAA